CGCCUUAACGAGUGGUGAGCACCAUCAAAGAGUCUAUGUUGCAUGGCCCAGUGCGGUAAUAGUAGUAGCGAAUAGAAAGCGCAAUCCCCAGAAGACCGAAAUCACCAAAGGAUCAAACAGAAAUUACUCAUCACAGCGGGAGCAAAAAUGAAGGUGGCGUCUACGACAGCCUCGCGUAGGACCAGAUACAGCAGCAGCAGCAUCGGCAGAGGGAGGAUAUGGUCGGUUUCAAACGCCGUGGCACUUUGGUCGGCCAUUGCCCUUCUACUGGCCGGGUCGUCCGCCGGUGAGCAAACGUGUCCGGAGGGAUCUGAAGAGGGAUCGUGCGCCUGGGAUUCGCUAUCGGCGCUCUCCCCGGAACAGGCCCUCGUCGAGUGGAUCGGCUCGAUGGAGCAGGGCAGCGUGGCGUCCGAAAAAUUCCGCAUCGAAAGAAAGGAGUACGCUGCUACCAGAAAACCCAGCGACGCGGUGAGCGAAGACAAUCGAUCAACGAGCAACAAGUUCGAGAUCCAGCCCCGGUUCGAGUUCUACGCGACGGAGGACAUUCCAAGUGGCACCGUGCUAAUGGAAAUUCCCGAGUCGGCCAUCGUUGGCAACAUCUUAAACCCGUCGAAGACCGUUUCUAGGCUUCUCGAACCAAAAAAAGGUACCAAGAACCACAUUCCGACCUGCAUGCUGGUCGAGUCUCUUGUGAACGAGCGGGAAAAGGGAGCCGACUCUCCCGUGCAUCCCUAUCUGGAAUAUAUCUUUGGGCCCGGAAACCCCGAGGGCAAGCAGCCCUCGGCCUGGUCCGAGAAAGGAAAGUUUGUCUUUUGGGGCAUGAUGGGCCAGGAAGGAGCCAUAUUCAAGCCCAAUCGAUACAAUGACAAACACAAGCAUUCCUCUAUUUGCGGGACCUACAAGAGGUAUUCCCCUGUCCCAAGGACAAUCCCCAUUUCUUCGCACGACAAGGUUAAGGACAACCGGGAGAACCUCGAAAACGCGGCCUACUCGUAUGUUGCCAAGAAUGCAUGGGGUGUGGAUCUGAUCCCCCUCUUUGACAUGAUCCCCCAUCGAAACGGUUUCUGGAAAAACGUCGAGGCCAAGUUUGUCGAAGUCGAAUCCGGGGAAACCGUCGAGGUGAGGGCCCGCGAUUACCGUUUCGAGGCGCUCGUGCACAACCGGACCGCCGACGGCGACGAUCCUUCGACGAAAUCCUACAAACUCGUUGUGUACGCCGAUCGCGACAUCCAAGAGGGAGAACCCCUCCACGUUAGCUACAACCAGUGCAAGCAUCUGGGAUGCGAGAAGUUGCACUACAGGUACACAGCUGGAAAUUUUAUGGCCGACGGUGGCUUUGUCGAGGACUAUCCUCGCCGAUGGUCCUUGGAAGUCGAUCCAUAUGAAUCGGAGGUGGACCCAGAUAGCCUGCUAUUGAUCUUUGACAUUGAUGUCGACCGCAAAACCGGAGAGAAAAAGUUCUCCAUGAUCCAAAAGACCAGCGAGGAUGAAAAACUGUACGAGGUCAACGUCAUCGCUGCUGCGAUAGACCGAUGGAAUGCCCUAGAAGAGGAAGUGAAACACCACGUAGUAGAUCUAGAUUCGCUCGAACGGAGUGGCAUCGAAGAAUUUCAUUCGGCCUAUCAGGAAGCCUUUAAGAUGCUAUGGUCGCAUCGGAACGAUCCGGUUGUUAACCAGGAAUCCAACGAGAAGCAAUACGACGACCUCGAUCAGCCCGCUGGCCCGGGUGUCCAUUUUCGGGGCGAGUACAUGCCCUGCGCCGAGGGCGAGAUUGUGGAUGGGGGAAAUCUUCUUCCCGACGCCACCGUGAAUGGAUUUUACCAGGUUUUGCAGUAUCUUUACGAGGAUGAAAUCGACAACACGUACAUCAAAAUGCAAGGAUGGCUGCACUCUGCUUCCAACUUUCGGGCGCAUUAUCACGAAUCCGCCAUUCAUGUUCCCCUUCAAUAUGUCAAGGAUGUCAAACGCGUCGCCUACAUCGGAGGAGGAGACAACAUGGUCUUGGAAGAGUUGUUGAAGUACCCCAAUAUCGAACUCAUUGUCGGUAUGGAACUCGACCAGCAGGCCUGCAGAUCCUCGAUGAAGUAUUUUGGAACUACGCCAGCCUAUUACGAUCCACGGGUCGAGUGGUGGUACGGCAAUGCCGCCAAGACUUUGCGGAUCAUUCCGGACGACUACUUCGGAUCCUUCGAUCUGGUACUGGUCGAUUUGCUGAACGAUGUUUCGGAAGCCAUCAAAGUCGCCGUUGACCUGAGCUUGCUGGAAAUCUCCCCCCUCCUCAUGAAGCAGGACGGUGGCGUUAUUUCCCGAAACGAAGAUUAUGUGGACCGUUCGGCUGCUUCCCUCAACAUGGCUCAGCGCGUCAUUGCCUACGAGUAUUGGGACGUCCCGCGCCUGUGCGAGACGAGCAUCUCCAUCGGCAGCAAUUCGGUGGACUUUGCCAAGGGGGAACGCUACAACCACGGCGUCGAUCCCAAGCUCCGGCUCAAGUCGUUCGACACGAUGGCACACGAUGGCUGGUCCGCUUACCACGACCACUCUCGGCCACUCGAUCCGGAGGGCAACGAGACGGCCUGGACCUCAUUUGAUCCCUACGUUUGCGACAAGAUCCAUCGAUCGUUGCCUGGUCACAAACAAGAAAUCGGUAUGGGCGGCGGCCACCUGCUGGUCAUUGAAGCCGAAAACGUAACCAUGACACUCGAUGGCGACAACAGCAUGUCAGAGCUGCAAACAAAGAUCACUGAUGUGGCCAAGCGUAACGGACUAUCCGUAGUGGAUAGUUUUCAUGCCGACAGCGAUCCCAGCGCUUCAUUUUUGAUCCUCGAUGAGGGCUACAUCAAGGCCCGGGUCUACCCUGAGGCACAAUACGUUGCCUUUGAUCUGAUGAUGUGGGGAACCAGUGUGGCACUAGACAAAUCCAAUGCAAUCCAAGAGGACCUGAUUGCAGCCCUGGGUGGCGGAACGCACGAAGGCUCGACGUCGUCAUUCCGGGUCACGGCAAGCGGUAUGGCCACGGCGGAAGAAAUCGGGGAGACUAACGGACUCGUUGGUGUCGCCCUCGAUUAUUAUUGCAGCUCCGGUAGUGACUCAACCAAAGACGAUGACAAGGUUGUCGAAGAUGGUAUCCAACAAGAGGAAACUUUCAGCGAGUCCAUUAUCAUCACCGAAAUUCUAGGACAGCCAUUUGAUGAGGACCGCAUUCCCUCGUUCGCAGUAUUUUGCGGCAAGGAAGACGCGGAGGAAUGUUCAAGCUAUAACUCGAUAGCAAACAAAGAUGGCAUGAAUUUUUAUCCAGUCAGUUCGUGCGGAUCGUUCCAGGAUAUGCCUGCUUGCCAGUCAGCGACGGAGAAACGUCUUGUCGAUAUCGUAUCGGAAAACAAGAAAUUGGACGGAGUAGUUUUAGACCGUUCUUUAUCUCUGGACAUGGGAAAGAUCAUCCACAAAGUCUUCAAUAACACUUUGAAUCAAGACAAACUAUUGGAAAGCACCUUUGUUUUUCUGACUCCGGUACCAACGGGAGAGAGCUGGAGAAAAAUAUUGUUGGAUCGAUUCAGAAGCGAGAUCAUAAUUGUGUCACCUAUCAUGAAGGCUGACAUUGAUUUGUAUACUGAGGAACGCAGCGAAGAAUGGAGCAUAGUUUGGGCCCGUCACCACAAUUUCUUCCACUCCCUGGAAACUUCUCUUGCAACCAUCGAAGAAAAACUUGGAUUGACAACGACCACGAAGAGAGUUCUGCCCGGUGCGAAACCCUUAAAGUUUGAUUGGAAUCCGCGUAUCAUCAACGACAGCGAUUAUUAUAAUCCAGAAAGGAAGGAACAGUGGUUGAGUCAGAGACCGGUGGGCUACCAGUACUUUGUUCAAAUGGAAUUAGCUACAGCCAAAGCUCCUGUGGAAGUCAACGAAAUAGUCUAUGUGGCAACAAGAGAUUAUUCUGCUGUUAGUGAUGGCUUUAAGGAAGAUUUUGUGAAAGCCACUGUUUUAGAAGUUGAGGAUGAUAAAUACGUCAUCGAAAUGAUGACCGAGGAUAUGCAUAACGGUACAAUAAGAACCUACAAGCCCCACAAUGGCCCAGUAGGACGAGAAAUGAUUCGAAAGAUCUCUUCUAAUGAAGGAGAUCGAAAAUACACCGUAGGGGACAUAGUUCUUGUUCAACAGAAAGAUAAGGAUACGGGCAAAUACAUUCCUAUUGAGUUUUAUUCUGCCUAUGUUACUGGGCUGACCGAGGCAGGAAUCGCAACCCGACCUCACAAUCCAGAUGCAGAUGUUGCUAUGCUGGCAAAUGUCCCUCACGAAUUUGUCAUGGUAUAUGCUGAAAGUCCUGAAUUUAGUACAGACCAUGACGUAAGUUUUUCGAGAGAAAUUUUGGAGGAAGCAUUUAAAAAAUCGGCAGUGGUGAUGGGUUUAACGGAUGAGGGAGAUGCUGCGACCAACACUUUUGAAAUCGGAAAGGGUAUUGUGGUCACCCUCCUAUCAUCGAUUGGAAGCUUUGCCAUGAAAUGGGAUGGGCUCUAUGGUAUCGAAUUGAAUAUUUUUACGCACAAUAAUUUCGGCGAAAGUUUGAAAGAAAUCGAGAGCCAGUUCAUGGAACAGUUCAAGCACCUAGCGAUUGUGGCAAAAGAUUCGUUCCCUCGAGGAUACGGGAAAGUUGUGAAUUUCGAGCAUGAGAUUGAAAGAUAUGAUCCGCACUGGAUAGACGAUGAACCUAGCGAGGUUGAGGAUGGUGUAUUAUAUGAGUACUUGGAUGACGACGAGUAUAUAGAGGAAUAAGAAGAGGUUCAAACAAAGCUCAGCACUUCCUUUUGGAUUCCGUAACGACUAAAUACAACAUAGACGCACAAAAUAAUAUUUAGACACAAAA